AUGAAUUUUUGUUCAUUUAUAUUUUUAUUUACCCUUACAUUACGUGUAUUAUUUGCAGCACAAAAGGAUUUAUAUAGGUAUGAUGAUAAGAACAGUUAUCGUUCUUCUCAUAAGAAAAUUUCAAGUUUAAAAUGUGCCACAAAAGAACCGGUAUAUCAUGAGAUGCCAAAAAAUGAUACAUUAUAUGAUAAUUUUGUAAAAUAUAAUAAAAAAAUAUACAAGAAGAAUUUGAAUAAUGGAAAGGAUGAUAAAAAAUAUUCCAGAAAUAUGUUAAACAAUAAGUAUUCUGAAGAUUUAUUUGAAUCGGUUAAUAUGGUAGAAUGGUGUUAUUAUAAAAAUGAUAUGAUUAAGGAACGUAAUGUCAUAUCUGAAUCAAAUACUGUAUGGAAAAAACCUAGUUGGAUGACUAGAUUUAAGAAUAAAUUAUAUAAAAUGAUUUUUAAAAAGAAUAAAUUUUGGAAAUUUAUAUCAGGAAUCAUAACAGUUUUGGGAAAUAGUGCUAUAAUUUGUGAGAUUAUUAUGCUCAUAGGAUAUAUAAUUAAAUAUUUUAUGUGUUUUUGUUCAUGUGCGUAUUCAUGUUUAUGUUCAUGUAUAUGUUCAUGUUCAAGUUUAUGUUCAUGCAUAUGUUCAUGCAUAUGUUCAUGUAUAUGUUCAUGUAUAUGUACAUGUACGUGUAUAUGUUCAUGUUUAUGUUCAUGUAUAUGUUCAUGUGUAUGUUCAUGUGUAUGUUCAUCUGCGUGUACAUGUGCUUGUGUAUAUACUAGUGUAAUUGGUUCUACAUUAAUUGCUGUAUCUGCAGGUAUCCUUGCAGCUAUUAUAUUAUUAAUUAUAUUAACAAUUAUAAUAGUUUGGUUACUUGUUACAUGGUUAUGGUCUCAUAAGGAUGAGUAUUACAAAACAAGUGAAUAA